AACAGAACCUUCGUUCCCUGCCGUCUCUUGUCGGUCUGGCCGGCCGAGGUGGGUGAUCUGUAGAGCGAAACGCCGAGCCGGGAGAGGAGGGAGGCCGCACCGGCGAUUGUAGAAGCAGAACCGGUGGAGGAGUAGAGGAGGGCGCCGAAUCGAUGCGCGGCUCCGCGGACGCCGUCGUGGUUGCUCGGGACGUGGUGGCCUCGUCGAGCCCGUCCAAGGCCGCGUCGGCGUUGGACAUGACGAGGUACGCGAAUCCACCACCAAUCCCGUUCGCCUGCCGCUGCAGCUGCAGCUGCAGCGUUGUGUUCGUCGGUGUUCUUUCCUGAGACCAAAGCCGCGAAUUUGCGCUCUCGUUUCCGCAGUCAGUGGUUGUUGCCGGCUCCUGCGGGGCUGAUUCGAACAAGUUUCUCCCUUUCGUGCCGUGUUCGCGGCCCUUCUCUGCUGUUCUCUUCGCAAGCUCUUCGAGGCGCCGUUUGAUCUGCGGGCAGGCCAGUUGUUCUCGCGUCUCGCAGCCUGUGUCUCACCCGCCCACCUGUGCUGGUUGGUUCUUCGCUGGUCUCGGUUCGGUUCUCCAUAGAUUGCAGGUUUUCGUUCUGAAUUAUCCGCUCGGCUUUCUGGGAUGAUUAUUUCUCUGCACAGAUCUCUGAACCGUUCGUUUAACGUGGAGUCCUGCUGCGGUUUGCGAGCGUUCUGGUUUUCUGCGGUUGCAAAUUCACGCAGGAAGACGAGAUUUUGCACAUCUUUUCAUCCAUGACUCCAGAUACCCGAGGCUCAGCCCAGAUGGCCUCCCGCUGCCCAAUGGCAGCGGCAGCGGCGCGAGCAAGAAGCCUGCAGCGCCGGUGUCGCCGGCCCCCAGAUCGAGCAAGGAUGACGUGGCACCGGCCGUCGCCACCGACAGCUCCCGCAUCGCGGCGUUCCUAGCCUCGACGUCGCUCGAGCCCAAGCCGCGCGCUCGCGCACCGCAGCCACAGCCGACGGCUCCUAACUCGGCGCCCACCGCAGCCGUCGCCGCGAACAGGAGCCCCGCGCGCGACCACGGCCACGGCCACUGCUCCGACCACUCCGAUCCCGCCUCCCCGAGCUCCACCGGGGCCCGCGAAUUGCUGCUCCGGUGGGGACAGAACAAGCGCAUGCGCUGCCGCCGCGACUGCGCGUCCGCGUCGCCGCAGCGGCGGCAGGCGGGCGGCAAGAUACCGCGCCGCUCAUCGUCGCCGGCGGCGGACAAUCUGAUGCCGCCGCCGAGCGCAGCGCCCUACGCCCGCGGGUCCAACCUCCGCUACGCCACGCCUCGCCCGCCGCGCUCCGGCGCCAGCGACGCGCACCACGGCCGCGGGGCCCUCCCCAACCCGCUCAGAUCGGCGGAGGACUGUGCCGGUGCCUGUGCCGGUGCCGGGGAGAAGUUCUUGGCGGUUGCUGAGGCAGCGGCGAGGGCCCAGAAGCAGCGGGCGGUGUCGCCGCAUAAGGUGGGCCUGGGCGUCCCGGACCCGAAGCAGCAGCAGAACCAGUGGGGCAGCAGCGGCAGUGGCCAUCAGCAGCAGGCCGGCGCGGCGGCGGGGGCGUCGUCGAAGCCGGCGGCGAAGCUGGAGGUGCCGCGGAUCUACACCACGCUGUCCCGAAAGGAGAAGGAGGAGGACUUCAUGGCCAUGAAAGGCACCAAGCUGCCGCAGCGCCCCAAGCGGCGGCCAAAGAUCAUCGAGAAGACCGUCAGUGCGAUCUGUCCCGGGGUGUGGCUGACGGAUGCGACCAGGAGCAGGUACGAGGUGCGCGAGAAGAAGUGCCCCAAGAAGCAACAGAAGCACCGGGGCCUCAAGGGCAUGGAGAGCAUCGACAGCGACUCCGACUGACCACCGACCGACGGCAGCAGGCCGAAGGGCGUGCGGUGGCAGCAACGCGGCGAGACGAAGAAGAAGGAGGAGGUUCGGCGACAGCGAAGGGUGCGUGUCAACAGCCACGCGCUCUCGGAGACUCACAUUGUCGCGCUGGGUUAAGGGAUGCCAAAAAGAACAAGAGGAGGGUGGAUUCAGUAGGAAAAAGACAAUUCUUUUUCGUGUUAACCAUAGCGGCGCCGUGCUAUAUAGCCGGCGUUUUGUAUAUCUGGGUAGCGACGAGACGAUGUCGUAGCCGGCGUCUUUUUCUUUUUCGUUUCGUUCGCGACACUGGGUGGGUUGCCCGCCGCGUUUAUUUGUGGUUGGGUUUGUGCAUACUACUAGACUGUCUCAGCAAGAGGAAGCAACUAGACUUUUAGACC